UUGAUAGUACAGAUGAAGCAAGACUUGCAACCAUAUUCAGCCACACUUCAGAAUAUAUUGUUGCACGGUCUUACUGAUCGCAACGCCGCAAUCCGCAAACAAUGUGCUUCAACCAUAGGACAAUUGGUUGCAGUAUCCCAACCCCCUACCUUGGAGAAGUUAUUUAGAAAAUUGAAACAGUGGUAUUUCGAGCGAGAAGAUGACUCAAGAAGAUCCGCAUGCGCGCAAACUAUCCAGGCAGUAAGUAACUACAAUCAGGAAAUUUUGAAGCAAUAUGCGUCGUCAGUGUUACCUUGGGUGUUUUUCGCAAUGCACGAGGAGAAAACGCCCGAAACCGAAGGUACUAUAACAAUCUGGAAUGAAAUCUGGUCAGAAAAUAGCCCCGGUACAGAGUACGGCAUUCGGCAAAAUUUGAAACCGAUCUCAGACGUUUUAAAGGAAGCGUUAGAAUCCCAGUCUUGGAACAUGAAAGCGCAGGCAGCCACUGCUAUAAGUACGGUUGCGGUUAAAUUGGGAGUAUCGCUCGAAGCGAAGGAAAGAAACAAUUUAAUUCGAAUUUUAAUCAACGGACUGAGCGGGAGGACGUGGAAUGGAAAGGAUAAGUUGCUAAAUGCUCUCGCAAGCAUAUGCUCAGGAUCCAAGGAUUCAUUAAAAGAAGAUAAAGACAUUGAUAUAAAUAACAUAAUCGAAGUAGUGCUGAAGGAGUGCCGCAAAGAGCAGAUUGUUUAUAAAUCAAAAGCAUUAAAGUCUUUAGGCGACGUUUUAUCGGCUCUACAGGUGGAUAAGUUUGAUGAAGUGCACAAUAUGGCACAGUCAAUUCUUACAGAUGAUCCAAAUGGUGAUACAGAUGAGGAUCUGUCCUUAGAGGAGAUUAGCGAAAAUAGGGAAAAUCGAAUUAAAAUUAAGGAGGUUAUAUACGAAACGUUGGGCAAGGCUUGGCCCGAAAACAGUAAGGUUACCCAAGAGAAGUACAGGGAGUUGUUCGUCGAGCACUGCAAAGCGUGUCUGCCAAAGUGCACCAGAUCCGUACAAGUUUGUGUUAUUUCUGCACUACGCGAUUUUGUUGAUAAAUUAAUUUUGCUUAAAGAAGAUAGACUAACUGACAAAGAGAACGAAAGUUUAUCUAAAAUUGUAGAUAAUAUUAUAGAAGUAAGCAUAUAUGCUUUAGGUAUUGCAAAACACACCAGAUUAAGGAAGGAUACUUUAAGUGUGAUUUUUGUGCUUGCAACAAAAUUAAAAGAUAAGAAGCGUCAUUCGGAUUUGAAUAGAAUAAGUAAGAUAUUUUAUGAGACCUUACCAGAGCUAAGUAAAGAUAAUCAACCAGAGAUAAAGUCAAGAGUGACAGACCUUAAAAAUCUACUUAGCAAAGAUUAAAGUGUGUCAUAUUGUUCUGUGAGAUGUAGCUAAUCGUUUCUACUCAAUAUAUGCUAAACUAUU